AACACCAACAAUAUCAUCAUCAUUAUCAUCAUUAUCAUUAUCAUUAGUUUCAUAUACUUCACGCAUUUACUACCUAAGUCUUAAUAACAUAAUUCUUAUUUACCCAAAGCAAAAUGUACGCCAUUCUUACAACCGUUCUCGCUUUCGCCGGCGCUGCCGUCGCCGCCCCGGCUUUGGAGGAGCGUCAAACAGACCAGUUUAGCCUUCGCGCCACGGACAAGCUUGCAGGAUGGGCUCUUAAGAACGCCCAUGUCGCAGCCGGCGAAAAUGUCAUCCAGAUCCAGCGGCCUUCGGUUUACAGCUCGGACCCUUCCUACUUGAACGGAACCAACCUAUACUUUGAUCUUGGAACUACCCCCCCUUACGGUGUUCGCAUGCCCGAAGUGCCGGCCGGCACCGUCGGACAGGUCUACUCUGAGCCCGGAGAGAAGACUCCUGGUUUCGGCAUCGGACCCGACCAUCUUCUCACGUUCAACUCCUUUCCCACAGGUUUCUGGGCAUGCCCCGUGAACGACGUGUUCGAGCUUUUCUACGGCGUUAGCGCCGACCCGGCUAAGCUCCCGAGCAAGGACUGUCUCGCAAUUCAGUUGGCAGUUGGUGCUAUUUAGAUGGUAAUUGGUGACCUCACAUAUUUAUCUUGAGCUGUCAUUGAUUCAUUGUAGAUAUGAUACUGGAAAAUAGUUGGAAUACGCUUCUUGUUUGGAUUCUUCACAAUCCACCAUUUAUAUAGAUGUUAGAUAUAGAUAUUUAUGAGCCAUUUUAGUUAACUUGAAAUCAA